AUGUCAAGUGUCAUUGGUGAUUUGGGUAAAGUCUCAGGAGGAGGCCAUGUCAACCUGGGAUGGCUGAUUGGACGCCCGAUCGUCGCAUCAAUCGCCAUGGCGAUAUUGACGCCCAUUGUCACCAAGUGGGGUUUUGCACCUUUCUUCCGUCGAUUCAUCGAGUACCAUUUCGCGCGGUUUGACCACAUCUCCAACAUCAUCCUGAUGAGUCUAGUUUUAUCAGCAUUCAUCUCGAUAGCUGCCUUCACAGGCACAUCUAUUCUGUUUGGCGCUUUUCUCGCAGGCAGUUUCCUCACUUACCUUCCGAGCAAGCAUGCUGAGGGUCCAUUUGUGGUCAUGAGCCGUGAGGAGGGUGAGCGCGAGGCGGACAAAAGCCCGACUUUUGUUCAUACAUUCGAACGAUAUCUCCUUGGCCCACAGGAAUAUCUCAUGGAGCCUCUGUUUUUUUGCAAGUAUUGGCUUUGCAAUUCCAUUUGUGCAGCUGUGGACGGGGAAGCGGAUUUGGAGGGGCGUGGUCUAUACCCUCUCGAUGGUUUUUGCGAAGCUUGUCGUCGGGAUCUGGUUGCAAGCCUGGAAGUUGGUCCUGGGCGAAAAGCCCCAGAAAACACGGGAAUCCUCUGA